AUGGCUUGUAUUGUUCCUCCUCCUAUGUGCCCAACAGAGGAUUUGGGAAGCGAAAACUUCCAAAGGCUUGCCAAGCAGCUUCAGUGUUACAGGCCACCCAAAUUAAUUGACGAAAUGGAGGAAAAUAUCGAGCAUGGAAUAACCGAAGAGCCUUCUUGUGUCACAAUUAGAGAGAGAAGAGCAGCUGUUCUAAUAUGCAUCUUUGAAGGUCCUGAGGGUGAGCUAAGAGUUAUUCUUACUAGAAGAUCAAUGAACUUGGCUUCACAUCCAGGUGAUGUAGCAUUGCCAGGUGGAAAAAUGGAGGAGAGUGAUGAAGAUGAAUCUGCAACUGCACUGAGGGAAGCCAUGGAAGAGAUUGGCCUAAAUUCUAGUCUAGUUCAAGUUGUCGCUAAACUAGAGUUCUUUUUAUCACAGCACUCACUCACAGUUAUCCCUGUCAUUGGAUUAGUAUCCCGGAUAGAAGAUUUCAAGCCUCUACUCAACACUGACGAAGUUGAUGCUAUAUUUGAUGUCCCACUGGAGAUGUUUCUCAAGAAAGAAAAUCACAGAUUCGACGAGAGAGAAUGGAAAGGAUGUAAAUAUGUUGUCCAUCAUUUUGAAUUUGAAUCCGAGCAUGGAGAGUUCUUAAUAUGGGGACUUACUGCAAGCAUUCUGAUUAGAGCUGCCUCUGUUAUCUACCGGCAAUCUCCAGUCUUUCAAGCACAUCUCCCUGACUUUCAAACUUUACAAAAAGCCUUGCAUGGUGUUAACUCUAAUGUAGCAUGACAUAGCCGACCAUCAUAACGUGCUGAAAACCCUGAAACAGUAUUGAGAUACUUCAAAGAACUUCUAAUAAAGAGUUUCAAAACACUUUUACUUAAGAGUUUAUUGACACAGCAGAAUUUCCCAAAACUCACUAGCUUUAUGAAUUAGAUGAAUAGAAACAUUUCUCCGUACCUACUUAAAAUCGUGUUGUAAACUAUGUGGCUUGAUUUUGAUUGUGAUAGAAGAAUAUUAAUGGAAACUUCGUCGAUUGCCUUAGUCAAUAACUCAAUAUAUUGAUAAUGUUGUGG